AUGAGUCCCAUCUUCUCUGGACGGGAGAGCAUGCUCCAACCUGAACGACAGACGCCCCGAAUUCCCUCUCGAGCGAUACUAUUGGACUCCCUUCCGCGGCGUAAUCGAAACUAUUCCCCUCACUCGAGCCCCGUCUCGCAACCAGUUCACCUGAUUGGGCACUGGCUGUACUCACUCAUUGCCCCAGUCACUAACACACACCCCUCCCCACCCCUUCACUCCUGCUCCUGCCUCAAACGUCAUGCCGUUCCAAGAUCUCCUUCCGUUUGA